AUGGAAUUCGAAGGGAAGCAGCCGACGUUCGAUUUGCCGGAGAUGUUCGACAAUCGUAUUGGCUGGGGACCGAUUGCAACGCUCGAGAAAUUCCAAAAUUUACCAUAUCAGCAGUUCAACAAAGCUGACAAAAUUGGCAAAGUUGCAGAUUGGAUCGGCAUUACACAUGUUAUUGCUGCAGGAGCAGAUAGAUAUGGCAAUCCUUAUACAUCGGGUACUGUUGGCUCGCAGUAUGACUAUGUGCACGACGAGGAAGAUGCAACGUUCCAGCUUGUGGACACCAGUAAGCCACAACGUUCAAACAUGCAAAAAGGUGGACGGAUGCGUCAACAGCAACAAUUCUAUGUAUGUAUCGUUUUACAGUGGCAACGACGUGGAGGUGGUGCUCGUGGACGUGGUCGUGGUGGGAUGGGCUAUGGUCGUUGGGACCAGCGUAAUCAGAAGCAGCUAGCGGCCAGUAUUGCCGUACGUCCGGAAUGGCAAGUUCUGGAAGAGAUGGAUUUCCCACGACUUGCGAAACUGAAUUUGCCAAAUAUCGAACCCGGCCAAGAUAUAAAUGGUCAUCGCUAUGGUCAGCUUUACUAUUACGAUAAAGCAUUCGAUCGUGUCACUCUGGCACAGGAAAAUGCUGGUAACGUUUUUGCAACGGAUAUGAUAUUGGCAACAUUGAUGGCAGCCACAAGAUCUGUAUACAGUUGGGAUGUGAUUGCAUAUCGAGUUGGUGACAAGCUGUUCUUUGAUAAACGUGAUACUGGUGGCUUCUCGAAUCCUGUUGGUAUGUUCCUUUAUUAUUCUUGA